AAUUCAAACUUCAGAGAGAGGACGAACGCCAUUAAAGCAAGUAGUACUACUAAGCUCACAUCUCAUACUCUACAGAGAUGCAGUGUUCGAGCACGGCCGUUGCUUCUUGCUUGCGUCUGCUUGCGACCAUUUUUCUCCUUCUUGCAAUGGCUGGUCGCUGCCACUCGCAGCAAAUGGAUCAUAUUCAGCUCAGCAGGAUUUCAGGCUCCAUCGAAGACCUGACUCACGUGGUACAAGAGCUUUCGGAGAACGUCACCUCAGAAAUCAGGAAAAUUUUCAACUUAUUGGCCAUAGAUCCUCUUUACUGUGAAAACGGUUGGCUGAAGCUGAGAUCCUCCUGUUACUUCGUUGGCAAAGACACCAGCAACUGGGAACGGAGCCGUCAGAAAUGCUUAGCCUUGGAUUCCGACUUGGUCAAAAUCACUCGCGAUGAGGAGUACAACUUCCUCCGUGAUCUUGCAAAAGGUCACAACACCUAUGUGGGACUGAGUGACCUGCAGGAAAAGGGGAUCUACAGAUGGGUUGCAGAUGACACCAUCCACCAAAUCGUUGAAUCAUGGUGGGCUGUAAACGAGCCAAGUGGCUCACCAGGAGAAAACUGUAUCCAUUUCUAUGUUGUCAGCGACGAUCGCUUCAAUGAUAUCAAUUGUGGCGAUGAGUUAAGAUAUAUCUGCGAGAAACCUGCCCAAAGGGCUUGAAACUCUGCUUCAGUGCCAGAAUAAGAAAUGCCCACAGACAAUGAAAUGGAAUAUGCAUUAGGACUAAGAUUCCUUCCAAGUGUCUACAUAAAGUGAAAUUGCCUGCUUUUUGUGUGCUUGUAUUUCUUAAGCUGUAUUCUGUUGAACAACUCCAUAGUUCAUGUUAACAUUCUUCAAUUAACAGUAAUAUACGGACAAUGUUUAGGUUUUACUCACAAACUGAUAUACUUUACCUGUUUUAGAAAGGGGUCCUUCUGGCUACAAGCCACCCUCCACAGUAGUUUUCAUGUGAAAUGUAAGUACAGGCAGUUCCCGGAUUGUCUUAAGCCGGAACAUCAUCAAAAAUCCUAAGAAAACCUUACUUUUAAUGCUUUGGGUGCAUUGAAAACUAUGUAAACUGCAUUCUUAUUGCAUUUUUCAUAAAAAAAACUUCAAAUAUUGAUUAUUUUGCAUUUUUGGUGUUAUAUUUCUUCUGCCAGAUGAGCAUUGUAGGUGUUGUAACCCUGGAAAUAAUUUUUGAUUAAUAUAAUUGAAAAGCACCUUAACCCAGGAACGUCGUAAACCGAACCUGUCAUGACCCGGGGACUGCCUUUAUAAAACUAUCUGAUACCCAUUUGGCAAGAGAACUGAAGUGCUCUGUGAACCAAGUUUCUUUCCAAGUAGUUGCUCUGUGAUGUCUUACUCUCUCUCUCCAGGUGAGCACAAUCUCAGUCUUACAGGAAAGUGGUUUUGUCAUCUCAAUAAAUAUGGUUGAACUGAUUCGAAAUGGGGUGGACUCUCUCUCAUCAGAUACUUAAGUCUUUGUGUUUCUGUAAAGUGCUAUAAUUCCCUAGAUUACACUAAAAAUAAUACAAGUAUUUUCAAGAUGCAUUUUUAAAAUAAUACCUUACACAACUGUGCAUACUUAGGUUCCCAUUCUCUUUCAUAGGGGAUGUCUCCUUCAAUUGGACGAGCAGACUUCAUCCUGUAUCCCACAGGCAGCCUGUAACCAAUUUCUGGUUCAUUGCUUGCUUGGAACAUUUUCAGAUAUCUUUGUAUUAUGCGUGCAUGCUGCAAUGCAGAAGUUACCCAAGCAAAUUUGCAACAAAACAUUCCUGUUGUUAGAGAUAGAAAACUACAUUUUGAAUUCCCUACUAAAACAGGCAAGCAAUACUCCAUUGAGAGACAAAAUUUCCUAAAAUCUGUGAAAAAAAUCAGUCAUGGAUCAGGGAAAUAUACUGCAUGCUCAACUACAGUAGCUCUUUUAUCUCAUUGCUUUCCAAUAUACCUCUAUGUUUUUUCACUAACACUACUUCAAGACUAAGGCCAGACAUGCAAAUCAUAUUUAGUAUUCUAAUUUCAUACUCUAAGUACCAUCCUGCAUUUAUGUAACAUCUCACCCAUCAAAAUUAAUAUCUUAAAAGAUAAGAACUACAUUUGCAACAUUAUUGAUCAGAUAUAUAAAUAAAAUUUGACUCAGUUAAACUUC